AUGGUCCCUUCCGCAUGGAGAGAAGGCCGGUGGGCAAUUCGAAGCAUGCUCUGGAUUAAUAAGGAUGUAGAGGCGGAACAAGUGCUGAUAGAAUCUCUGGAUCUGACAGCAGCGGUCAUUCGGCUUCCCGAGCGUUUAAUUUUUAUGGCAUCAGUCUACGUAGAGCAUGGAGAUGCCCAGGCUUUGCGCGACACGUGCAACCACCUACGCAAGGCAAUCACAAAGGGAGGAGAUGACGUGUCUUUAGAUAGGCAGGGGGAAGCAGAUCUAAUCAUUAAUUUUAUGAAUGAAUUUACUCUCACCAGUCUACUGAAACGAGGCACAAAGACAUGGCAGGGUAGAGGACAGGGCGGAGACUACAAGUCCACCAUUGACCUUAUCCUCGCCUCCGAGAAUCUGAUAGAUUCUAUAGUCAAGUGUGCAAUACAUGGGACAGAGCAUAGCUCGGAUCACCGCGCAAUUGAAACUGUGUUUGAUGUCCCGAGACCAGAUAUGAACCAUCGGGAGUGA